CGCGCGACGCUGCCGCCGCCGGCCGCGUGCCAUGGACGAGGGCCGAGCUCGUGACCGUGCGCCGCUCACCGUCAUCGUCGCGCCCUCCAACGCCUCCCCGCCCCGUCUGUCCCCCGCGGACCUCCUGCCCGACGCCGAUGCGGCCUUCCACCCGCUCUCCGCCGUCAACGGCCGCCUCACCCCGCCGGGACUCGAGCCCGCUUCCUACGCCACCUUGACCCCACUGCUACCACUGCCUCCUAUCAGCACAGUAUCCGACAAAUUCGCUUACCAUGCCGGAGGAACGUUCACGGUCAUACAACAGCAGCAGUCGUACGCAUCAUUAUCACCGGCCGGAUACAAUGAGCCUUUAUCUCCACAAUCCGCGUAUAGUCGGCGGAGUGUGUCGCCUAACUCCUUCGAGAGGCGGUCGCCGACGCCGCCGUUGCCCAGCCCUGGCCUGGACCUUAAUGCGGCGUUAAUGGCCCGGGAGGAACAACAGGCCCAGCAACAAGCACAGAACCAGCAACAACAGCACGACUCUGAAGAAAUCAACACAAAAGAACUAGCCCAAAGAAUAAGUGGAGAAUUAAAAAGAUACUCAAUACCUCAAGCCAUUUUUGCCCAGAGGGUACUCUGCCGAUCGCAAGGAACACUAAGUGAUCUUCUUAGGAACCCGAAACCCUGGUCAAAGCUCAAGUCGGGGAGGGAAACUUUCAGAAGGAUGUGGAAAUGGCUGCAGGAGCCAGAAUUCCAGAGGAUGUCCGCGCUCAGAUUAGCAGAUGCGCCAAACCAGCACCAAAGUAAAGGCGACAAUGUAAACAACAUGCCACCACAGGCUUUCCAGCCCAGAGACUACCAGCCCUCUCCAGGGGGCCACGGCCCCGCUGGUCCCCCGGCCUACCCGGGGCCCCCGCCCCCUUGGGACCCCCCGGCGUACGAACCGGCCGGAGAUGUGUCUAGCUUAUUGCUUUGUGACAAGCCUUUAGAUACAAAAGAAUGA